GGUCGCGGCCCUGCCGGUGUCCCGGCCACCAUGCGCUCGCUCGCGGACCAGGUGCGGGACUGGCACCGCGGCGUGCAGGCCGUGGCCCGCGGGGACUGGGACUGCGCUCUGCGCCUCUUCUCCAGCGUGCGGGAGCCUUCCGCCCGGAUGUGCUUCAACAUGGGCUGCGUCCACCUGCUGGCCGGCGACCCGCAGGCCGCGCUGCAGGCGUUUGACCAGGCUGUCACCAAGGACACCUGCAUGGCGGUGGGCUUCCUCCAGCGAGGAGUGGUCAACUUCCAGCUGGAGAGGUUCCAGGAGGCCCUGCUGGACUUCCAGCUGGCCCUGGCACAGCUGAGGGGCAACACCACCAUUGACUACACGCAGCUGGGCCUCCACUUCCGGCUGCAGGCCUGGGAGGUGCUGUACAAUGUGGCAUCCGCGCAGUGCCAGCUGGGGCUCUGGACUGAGGCUGCCGGCACUCUACGGGAGGCCAUCUCCAGGUGGCCAGAGGGGGCCCGAGGCGGCCUGGACACGGCCCUGGGCCAGGUGCAGAAUCAGGUGCCGCUGGAGCCCCGGCAGGUCCCCAGGGGUGAGGUCUUCCGGCCCUACAGAGGACACCUGGAGCUCCUGCGGCCGGUGGAUUUCCUCGGCCAGACCAAGGUGGUGGCCUCCUCCAGCCUUGGUGACCAGCACUCAGGUGUCCAGCCUCAGCAGGUGUGUGCAGCCGGCAGAGAAGCUGGUCCCAGGGCUGCAGCAGCAGGGGAGGGCCUCUGCCUGCCCGGCACAGCAGAGGCCUCGCACCUGACGCCUGGGCCUCCCGCUCCACCAGUCAGGGGGGCCCAAGUCCCGGACCCGCAAGGAGCCAGCCCCCACCCCAGCCCCCCUGCUGCAGAGCCUGAAGUGAGCACUGACCGCAUCCUGUCCACCCCCUACCAGGACCCAAGACCGCAGCAGGAGCAGGUGGGCACACAGGCCCCCCCGUCCUCAGGGCGGUCGGCAUCGGAGCCCUCAGCCACUGUGGGAGUGGCGGCAGCGGGCCGCGGGCCCUCCGUGCCCGUCACCGUGCAGUGUGUCUUCACGGUGGCCCUGGAGGCCCCCAGGGGCGCCGGCCUGGCCGCCCUCAGGGCUCUUCUGGCUCAGGCCCUCCCGCGCCAGGCCCUGCUGGGGCAGCUCAGUUACCAAGCUCCUGGUGAGGAGGGCUUGUGGACACCCAUCCAUGGGGAGGACUCACUGCAGGGGGCAUGGAGGGACGAAGACAGGUUCAGGGGACUGCGGCUCCAGUGCCGGGCAGCCGGAGGCCGGCCAGUCCUCCACCAGGUGGUGGCCCAGCACAGCUACUCGGCCCAAGGCCCUGCAGACCUGGCCUUCAACCAAGGGGACGUGCUGGAUGUCCUGUGUGAAGUGGACGCAGCGUGGCUGGAGGGUCACCGUGAUGGCCGCAUCGGCAUUUUCCCCAAGUGCUUCGUGGCUCUGGCUGGCACCUGUGUGGAACCUUCACAGCCCCCGAGCCCUGACCGGCACUGAACGAUCUUGUGUCGUCUGCUUUUAAUAAAAACUGCGCCCUGUG